CGAUCCAACCUUUUUUUUUCUUGGUGGGGUAGUUAAAGGGUUAAACAAAUUCCUCAGUAGUAUUUAACAGCAGCUGUAUGUUCAGGAUCCAUUUAUGUACACGUUCACAUUUACUUAUACCCACAGUAAAAUAAAAGUAAAGUAAUUCUACUUAAUUGCUACACCACGCGCUAUUGGGGUAGUACUGAAGUAUGGUUUAAAUUGAAUUGAUUGCAUUUAAAAAAUUGUGGUAAACAAACUCAACUAUGCAAUCUUGGGAGAAAAAAAAUAUCAUCUUGAUUUUUGCCAAACAUGCACACACAUUUCUGUUGUCGUUUCAGUUAAGGCACGUCAAUGUAUGCUAUUUCAAUCUAAGUAAUCACACAAUUUGCUUUUACUUUUAUGGUGUUUUGUUUUAACCCAAACUUCUAUUGUGCAGCACUUUCAUUGCUGCUGAAUGCUCUGUAGCAUUCUCCAUUCUCUGUCACAUUUCUCCAUAAAUAUAUACUUUUUAUAUCCUUUCACAAUGAUUUUUUUUACAAAAAUUUAUAAAAACAAUGAUGACAAUAUCAGUUAAAAAAAAACAGAAUUAUUUCAUAAUAUCAAGACGAUGGUUAUGAGGAAUGCCACGAAAAUACCCUGAUCCAUUACAGAUGAUGGUGUAGAAAAUGACCUAAUUCUUAUGCUGCUCACAAUAGUAGGCACAUUGCCUAAAUGUGUUCGCCUUAAGAUGAAAUACUAAAAUAUGAUAUGUUGUUGGACUAAUUAAUACCUAUUUUUAAACCUGAAGCUAUAAAUAUUAAUCACAUCGCCAUUCGAAUGAUAGUGAGGUAUAAUGGAAAUCUAUUUCUAUAACACAGAUUCAACUAAUAAGUGAAAAUUAGCUCGUGGAAACCCCUUAACCCCCUCGAAUUCAACUUGUGGUGGAAAAACGUUUAUUAUUUUGGUUUAAAAAUACAAACAAGUAUACUUUUCAGAUAAACAACUAGCGUCGUAUUAAUCCGCGAAGUACACGAGCAAUAGUCCUUAGGUUUACAACUUUAUUUGACAGAAAACCUAUGAUAUUAAGCGAAAUAGACGAUAUCUAUAUUCCCAAACAGAACGUGAAUGUUUAAAUAAUUGUUUUUCCAUUGAAAAUACCGAUUAAAAGAUUCCCGCACUCGUCUUUUCCCGUGACAAUAAAGGAGUUCCGGCCAGCUCUGAGGACAGGAAGCGAGGAGACGCUGAUGGCGCCCGACUAGAAAGCCGUAGCAACUAAUCGCUUUGAAACAUUUAUUUUAUUUCGCUUCAUUCUCGAGAGGGAAGAUAAAAACACACAUCUAUUCACGAGCAAACAUGGAUUCGGAGGACAUGGAAGUGGAAAGCAGCAGUGAUGUGGGGCAUUCUGGGAUGGAGGAGCCGUCUGAAAGCGGUAUGGGCAUGGAGUCUUCAGAAGCCAUGUCUGCUGAUAGCAGUGAUGCAGCGGCUCCUCCUGCGCCUGCCCCAGAAUCAGACUGUCAUGUAGGACAGAGCUCUGAGGGACUUGUGGUUUUUAUCCCAGAGACGAGCUCCAGUACUGAUGUGCGUAGAGUUCAUCUUCCAGACUCCUCUUCUGUGGCGCAGUCCACCAGUGUGUCCAGCGUCUCCACAGUGACACAGUCAGUCCUGGUGUCGGAGUCUGUCCAGGUGCUGGUUCACUCCAGUGCUGUUUCUGAAGGAGGAAUGAUGGUUUCUGACUCCACUGCUUCCACCUCCUCAGAUCUCGGCUCAGCUAUUGACAAGAUCAUCGAGUCCACGAUUGGACCCGACAUUAUGAAUGGAUGUAUUGCAGUUACAAGUGCAGAGGAUGGCAGUGCAGAAACCACACAGUAUCUGAUACUCCAAGGUCCUGAUGAUGGAGCUCCUAUGGUGGCUCAGAUGUCUUCCUCUGCACUGUCCAGCCGUAUUGCUAUCGAAGCUCUUGCCGAUGGACCCACCUCCACUUGCCUGGAUCAGCCAGACCUGUCAGAAAACCCUCAAGGCAACAUGGAGCCUGACCAGCCUGGACACUCAGGAUACCGUGAGCACGACGACGGCAGUAGCAGCAGCAGCCGCCCAGACCAACCCCAGCACUCCCAAUACAUAGACCCGGACCAGACCAGAGAGGCUCGCUACAUCCAAUGCUCUGCAGACGAACCAGACCAAACCCCUCGCCAUUCAGGGGUCACAGACUACAACCUGGCUGACUCAGAAGAGCCUUUACAGCGCUAUGCAGCUGAAUGCAGUGGUACAAACGAUAUCCCUCAGAGAAGCUCGUAUCGCUCGUCCCGCUACGUUGUGGAGUGCAGUGAUGGGUACUUGGAGUACGAAGCGGACGGAGAGGAUCGGCCUCAGCAUUCACGUUACAUCGACAGCAGUAUGGAUGACAGGGAGCACGUUUCGGCUUCUGAACAGGAAGGAGGUGCGCUAGAAGAGCCCCAGCACUCCUACAUGCCGCAGGAAUCAUUAUAUGCGGAUGAAGGAGCCGUUCAGCACUCCCUGGCGGACACUGUGGGGUCGCAGCUCAAUGAUCAGAUGGACUGCAGUGAUAACUUGCCUGGCCCGUACAUAAGUAGCAGUGGGACCUACUCUACCAACACAGAGCCUGAGGUGGUGGAGUCUGGGGUGGUGGACGAGCCUGGGCAAAGAACUCCUAACAUGGCCGAACUGGAGGAAAUGAUGGAGGUGGUGAUCGUACAACAGUUUAAGUGCAAAAUGUGCCCCUAUAAGAGCGUCUCCAAGGAUACGCUCAUCAACCACAUGAGAGACAAACACUUUAAACCAGCAGGUUCUCGUUCUGGAGGUGCUGUCUCACAUGCUGACGGUCCAGGCCAAAGGAAACGUGGACGGGGACGUCCUCGAAAAUCUGAAAGCAAAGCUGGAGCAGUGGUUGUGGUCAAGAAGGAGGAGCAGCCUGAAGAGGAAGAAGAUGACAUUGUUGAUGCAGGCGCUCUUGAUGAUCAAGGUGACAGUGAUUAUAAACCAGCUGAUGAGGAGGCCAGAUCCAGACUGGCUGUCAGUCACUUCACUCCUCCUCCUUCCUGCUCUUCAUCAUCUCCUGCAUCUACCUCACGGAAACGUCCUCGCAGGAUGGUGGGGCCUCCUCGCAAAUUUCUUCCAGAUUCAGAAUCACCAGCAGCACCAUCUGAAACCAACAAUACAGAGGAUCCUCAAGCUCCUGAAGAAGCAAGUUCCUCCGGAUUGGACAACGGAUCUUCUUCGUUUUCCAAUGGGACAGAAGUGGAACCAGGCGUCAGCCAGUCAGAUUCUGAGAACAGAGAUCCUUCAUCAAACACCAGUCCCGAUGAUCUUGAGUUCCUGCCCAAAAAACGAGGACGACCUUCCAAACGCUUCCUUCAAAAGAAGUACAAAAAAUACAUGAAUCGCAAUAAGUACUACAGAUCCCUCAAGCCUCUGCUUAGACCUCAUAACUGCUGGAUCUGUGGCUCUCGCUUUCUGUCACAAGAGGAUCUCAAGUUCCAUGUGGAUUCUCAUGAGGGAAAUGACCCUGAACGAUACAAAUGCCUUCAGUGCAGUUACCGCUGCAAACGGUGGUCUUCACUGAAGGAGCACAUGUUCAACCAUGAAGGUACAAAACCUUAUAAAUGUGAAAUGUGUGAUUACACAAGUGUUUACAAGAAAGACGUGACCCGGCACUCAGCCGUCCACAACAAAAGCAAGAGCCGAAAGAUAGAUGUGUCUUGUGUCAACCCUUCACAGGUUUCCAAAGUGUCUGAGUUUCCAUGUCCCAUCUGCAGUCGAGUAUACCCCAUGCAGAAACGCCUGACACAACACAUGAAGACACACAGCACAGAGAAACCACACAUGUGUGACAAGUGUGGGAAAUCCUUCAAGAAGCGAUACACCUUCAAAAUGCAUCUUCUCACACACAUACAAAACUGUGGCAACAGCCUGUUUAAGUGUGAGUUCUGUGAUUACACCUGUAAUGACAAGAAGCACCUGCUCAAUCAUCAGCUGUCCCACACCAACGACAAACCUUUCAAAUGUGAAGAGUGCAAGUAUUCAACAAGCAAAGAAGACUUCCUGGUGUCCCACAUCGCCAUUAAACACACUGGUGAAAAGCCCUUCUCCUGUGAAAUGUGCCACUUCACGACCCGACACAGGAAGAAUCUGCGGCUCCAUGUGCAGUGUCGCCACCCCGAGACUUUCGAAGAGUGGAGUCGAACACAUCCAGAUGAGCCGGUCCGGCGACGGCAGACGCCUGUUUUCACUGUGGAGCAGAUUGAGGAGCUGAGGUUACAGCAUGAAACCCAGGAAUUUCAAGGGACCAUUGUAACAGUGGACCCUCUUACUCUCCAAACCAUGGAGUCCAUAGGGAACACAUCUGUAUCCCAAGAUGCACUGGGCAACACUACCAUCAUUUACGAGCAAGCCCAGAACUCAGACCUCUCAGCACAGAAUGCUCUAGAUCUGCUGCUGAACAUGAGCAAUGCCAGAGAACUACAGGUGGCGGUGCUGAAAACAGAUGGCAAAGCUCUGGAGACGGGGUCAUGGUCUGGAUCUGGCUCUGGGAGUGAAGGCUCAUCCUUACAGCCUCAAAAGAUUGUAACCUUCCAUGUGUCGGAGAACGGGGACACUUUGGUGCAGGAGGCGUUUGAGACUGCAACAGGGGCUGUGGAGCAAGAGGAGACUGCUGUGGCACAGGAAGUGGAACAGGAAGUGGCACAGAUUGGCAUUGGUGCAUAUGAAGGCACUGAUUUCAGUGUGGUGGAGCAGACCUCUGAGGAGACAACACACAGCAGUUUAGAGGAGCCCUCAGCAGAGCCUCAGGUGAUGGAAGUGAGUACUGAGCCCUUGUCCAUCUCUACACCUCUCAAAGAAAAUAAAGAGAAGUUUUACGUGAGCUCAGGCUUGACAGACGGAGUCCUGCAGCAGGUGGAGCUCAGCAGUGAAGCUCCAGCAUCUCCUCCGCUGUCUCCAUCACCCCAUUCUCAACAGCUGAACACCAAGCGCUUCUCAUGUCGCAUCUGCAUGGAGGCUUUCCAUGGCCGAUCGGAUAUGGAGAACCACAAGAGGGCGCACAUCGACCCCAAAACAUUCAAAUGCCCCGACUGUGACUUCACAGCACCUUCUUGGCCAGAAGUCAAGACUCACAUGGCCUUGCAUGCAUAUUUGAGACCUCAUAAAUGCACCAGCUGCAGUUUUGCCUCUAAAAACAAGAAAGACCUGCGACGCCACAUGAUGACACACACCAACGAGAAGCCUUACUCCUGCCAGGUGUGCGGCCAAAGGUUUAACCGUAACGGCCAUCUGAAGUUCCACAUGGAGAGGCUUCACACUCAGGAGCCGUCUCCCCGUAAAGCUCGCUCCGUCCCCUCACAGCAGACCAUCAUCAUCAACAGCGAUGAAGAAGCUUUAGCCACACUGCAGAAUUUGCAGGCGGGUCAAGCGGUCAUCAGCCCAGAGAGAUUACAGCAAGCGUUGGGUCAGGAACACAUCAUUGUGGCUCAGGAUCAAAGUCUUUCUGACCAGGAGGAGGCGACAUAUAUUCAGCAGAUCACAACAGUAGAUGGACAGACCGUACAGCACUUAAUGACCGGAGACAACCAGGUCACUGAGGUCCAGUAUAUCAUCUCUCAGGAUGGAGUUCAGCAUUUGCUCCCAAGAGAGUAUGUGGUGGUAUCUGAUGGGAACCACAUUCAGAUGGAGGACGGGCAAAUUGCUCACAUUCAAUAUGAACAUGAUGGGACGUUUUUGCAAGAACAACAGAUUGCUGUGUCUCAGGAUGGACAGAUCCAGUAUGUUCCCAUCACUACCGAACAGCAGGUUGUGGCCCCUGAAGACCUGGAAGCAGUUGCACAUUCAGCGGUCACUGAUACGGCGAUGACUCAGACGGUUUACACUGAAGCCACACCUGAACAACUGGAACAACUGCAACAGCAGGGCAUCCAGUAUGAUGUCAUCACUUUUACUGAGGAGUAGAAACACGACAAACACAUUAUUUAUUAACAACAUCAACACACACACACACACACACACAGGCAGACAGAAGAAUAUUUGAAGAUCAUCUCGGCUCCAAAUGAGCAUCACAAACUGCGCUGAUCAUAAGUAACACAGACUUCUUUCACAAUCAUCAGUCAUUUAUAAGGUGAAUGUACAGUUAGAUCCUCUCAAAAAAUGAUUUAUGCCUUUGUAAAUAUUUAAAGAAAUUUAUCUUUGUGUGCCUAUAAUGUUUAGCCUUGUAAAGGAACAAGAAAUAUGUAUAGAGAAUCCUGUAUUUAAGAAGAAUAAUGGACAUGUCUCUGUGGAUGCUGCUUUAAUGACAGUCUGUAUAUAACGGUAGGCUGGAGGAUUGACAUCAAAUUGCUAUGAAACAGUUCCUAGCUGUAGCUAAAAUGCUGAUAAAGAAGGUUUUGAUCAUUUGCUGUUUCAUCUUUAGCUUCUUCAGUUUUACAGAUAUGUCUUUCUUUAAACAUGGCUACAGACAGGAACUUUAAAUGCAAACCAAAUAAAUCAAAUCCUCUUUAUCUGAAUCUAACACUGAUUUUCUUGCAUUAGUUGUGCUAUAAUAUUGUACAAUUCUGGUUUUACAAAGCUGUUGUUUGCUGCAUUUGAUGUAAUAAUAUAUAUACUUGUGCACAUAA